AUGCCGUUGGUACGCAAUCCCAUCUUGCCAGGGUUCAAUCCAGAUCCGUCGAUUCUCCGUGUCGAGGAUGACUACUACAUCGCGACUUCCACUUUCGAAUGGUAUCCGGGUGUACAGAUUCAUCACUCGAAGGACCUUGCCAACUGGGAACUGGUGGUAAGACCGUUAAGUAGGGCGUCGCAAUUGGAUAUGCGAGGAAACCCUGACAGCUGCGGCGUAUGGGCACCUUGCCUAACCCACGACGGCAAGAAGUUCUUCCUAGUAUAUACAGACGUAAAGCGCAAGGAUGGGUCCUUCAAAGAUACACCAAACUAUAUUGUCACUGCGGACCGCAUUGAAGGUCCGUGGUCGGAUCCUUACUACGUCAAUUCAUCCGGAUUUGACCCUUCCCUCUUUCACGAUGACGAUGGCAAGAAAUGGUUCGUCAACAUGCUGCAGGAUCAUCGUCGACGUCCAAGAGCCUUUGCAGGCAUACGACUGCAAGAGUGGGAUCAUGCAGCGGGAAAACUGGUUGGACCUUGCAAAACGAUCUUCUAUGGAACAGAUUUGGAUCUUGUAGAGGGUCCCCAUCUGUACAAGCGUAAUGGCUGGUACUAUUUACUGACUGCAGAGGGCGGAACAGCGUAUAAGCAUGCUUGCACUCUGGCCCGGUCACGCAGCAUUUGGGGCCCUUACGAGUUGCAUCCACAAAAGCAUAUUCUUACCUCAAAAGAUGCGCCCGAAGCUGCUCUGCAAAGAGCUGGUCACGGAGACAUCGUGGAAACUAAAACGGGCAAAACAUAUCUCGUUCAUCUCACAGGACGUCCGUUGAUGCCGCAGCGUCGCUGUGUCCUUGGGCGAGAGUGUGCGAUUCAGGAAGCCUAUUGGAGUGACGAUGAUUGGCUAUACAUCAAGAAUGGACCUGUUCCCUCACUCGAUGUCGAAGUACCAGCAGCGCACGAUGAGACAGUCUAUUGGGCCGAGAAACGGUACUCAUUCGACAAAUUGAACGGCCUUCACAAGGACUUCCAGUGGCUUCGAACGCCGGAACCUGGGCGGAUCUUUUCAGUGGAUAAUGGCCUCCAGUUAAUCGCCCGUGAGGCAAUAGGAUCCUGGUUCGAGCAGGCUCUGGUUGCACGCCGACAGACUCACUUUGCAUAUGAUGCGGAGACAGUGGUUAGCUUCAGCCCGACCGAUGAGCGUCAAUUCGCUGGUCUGACUGCAUACUACUGUCGAUUUAAUUUCUUCUACCUCACUGUGACAGCUGAUGCAGAUGGACAACGCGAACUGCUCAUCCUCACAUCCGAGGCCUCAUGGCCAGACGGCAACCUGAAGUUGCCUUUGGCAGAACCGGUAAGGAUUCCGCAGGAAGGAAAGAUUAAAAUGGCAUUGAGUAUCAGGCAUGACAGGCUCCAAUUCUUCUAUGCACUCGAGGGAGACACGGAUAUGAAGAAGAUUGGGCCCGUAUAUGAUGCGUCGAUAUUGAGCGAUGAGUGCGGGGGACAUCAGGCACAUGGCAGCUUCACUGGUGCUUUUGUGGGCAUAGCCGCUUCUGAUCUUAAUGGGACGGCAAAGGUUGCAACGUUUGAUCAUUUCGUUUACAAGCCUGUGAAGGACUCCCAGGGUAUCUGA